CUCGCCAAUCAUGGCAUCCUCCACCGCGUAUGCUGGAUCCUGGUCCUCCCUCUCGACACCUUUGACACCAUGGAUCGCAGACGUCGUCGCAUCCCUCGGCUAUACUCAGAUGACGCCUGUGCAGGCGGCGACUAUCCCACUCUUCAUGAAGAAUAAGGACGUCGUAGUGGAAGCCGUUACUGGAUCCGGGAAAACCUUGGCCUUUGUUAUUCCCAUCCUCGAGCGUCUUAUCAGGCGAGAAGCGAAACUGAAGCGGAACGAAGUCGGCGCGCUGAUCAUCAGUCCAACACGGGAACUUGCUACUCAGAUCCACUCUGUUUUCUCUCUCUUUCUCCAGGCUCAGCCAGUAGAAGAAGUAUCCGAGUAUGAGGAGGGGAAAGAGCCCGAACGAGAGUACCCCGAUCCCCUCCUCCUCAUAUCCUCCGAUCAAUCUUCUCCUGCGCAAGAUGUCCAGCGCCUUCUAGAGACCGGCGCUGACAUUGUCAUCGGAACCCCGGGACGAGUCGAGGAGUUUCUUCUCGGUCGCGGACAGGGCACUGUCAGCGUAAAGGAGCUUGAGGUUCUUGUCCUCGACGAAGCAGACAGACUACUCGAUCUUGGCUUCCAAUUGUCGCUUACACGCAUUCUGACCCAUCUGCCCAAGCAGCGUCGCACUGGGCUGUUCAGCGCCACCAUGACGGACGCCCUCGGAGAACUCAUCCGCGCGGGCCUGCGAAAUCCCGCACGAGCGGUAGUCAAAGUCCAGUCCAAGCAGACCCGCAAAGGUGCGAAUGCAGGUGAAGUCAUUGAGGAGCGUCGAAUACCCGCCAACCUCGAAAAUCUUUAUAUCCCCUGCCGCACCUCCGAGAAGCUCGUCCAGCUCGCGCGCAUCAUCCAGACCGAGGCCGCCACCCGCGCUGCCUCCCACCUUAUCGUCUACCUCUCCACCGGCGCCUGCGUCGACUACUUCUACCGCAUCCUGCCGCGCGUCUUCCCCUCCACCUCCUCUAAUCCCAUAGUCCCGGUCUUCCACUCCCUGCACGGUAACCUGCCUCCGGCUGCGAGAUCACGGACGCUGCAUGCGUUCUCGAGCGCGCUGGCGACGCCGCAGGCGCCGGCGGUGCUGUUGGCGACGGAUGUGGCGGCGAGGGGGCUGGAUAUUCCGCAUGUGGAUGUGGUGGUGCAGGUCGAGCCGCCGACGGACCCCAAGGCGUUCAGCCAUCGGUGUGGGCGGACGGCGCGCGCAGGGCGGAGUGGUCGCGCGUAUGUUCUGCUUUGCGGGAGGGAGGUCGAAUAUGUCGACUUUAUGGCUGUCCGCAAGAUUCCCUUGAAACCUCAUCCUUACAUCCGCUCCGAUGCAUCUGCCAACAUGGAAACAGACGAAGAGGAAGAUGACCGCCCGGAGGACCCCGACGUCGCCAUCGUCCAGUCCGCCAUUCGCACCUUCGUCCGCACCGACCGCACACUACAUGACCUCGGCGCAAAAGCACUCGUCUCCGCCGUACAAGCGUACUCGAAGCACCAGGCGUCGUACAUCUUCCGACUGAAGGAUCUCGAUAUCGUCGGCAUGGCAAAGUCGUUCGGGUUGUUGAGAUUACCGCGUAUGCCAGAGUUGAAGGGCAUCGACCCGGCGGCGAGGGGGUGGGAGGAUGCGGAUGUGGAUUUCGCCACCUACGCCUACGCCGACAAAGCCCAGGAAACCAAACGCCUCACCGAGCUCGCCGCGCGCCAGGUCCAAGCCGCUUCCCGCGCGGACGCCGCCGCACAGCGUCGCGAGCGCAAGAAGACAAAUACGGCGUGGAGCGCGCAGAAGGACCGGCAGGAAGAGCGGCAACGAAGGAAGGAGAAGAAAGUUAGCAAGAGAAAGUGGGAGAGGAAGGAGGCAGCGGCCAAGGAGGGGAAGGGUGGCGAUGCAGAGAAGGAUGGAGUGGGAGGGAAGGGCACGGCAUGUGCGAUGGACGUGGAUGGGGAGGGGAAGGAAGGGGAGACGGCGACAGUGCCGGCGAAAAGGGGCGCGUCGCCGGACGAUGAGGGAGCGGACGAUUGGGCAGAGUUGGCGCGCGAGGAGCGCAUGGCGAAGAAGGUCAAGAGGGGCGCGGUCAGCCAGAAGGCUUUCGAUGCCGAGUUUGGUGACCUGUAAGGUCCAACGAGGACCAGUUCAUGUACCGUACGCGAGAGGGCGUGCCACAUCUAUCCUGUGCAAUACGCAUAGCUACCCACUGCCCAUUGUCUCUCAUAUGCAGUCCAUUGCGGCUGACUCAAGCGUCCACUCGGCGCUUCCUCAACUCAAUAGCAGAAGCCGAU